UCAGGUUUUAGUCCAGAAAGGUUUGCUAAUUCUUCGAGGUCGUUCUCAAUUAAGUCCGAACACCACUCAGGACCUAAUACCAAGGUACGAUUUGUUUAUUCUAAAUAGGCUCCUGCUGUGAAAAUCUUGUUCGGUGUGUGUCCCUUUAAAAACCAUUAAACUAUGUGAAUGCUCCUCUGUUUGCGCAACCUUUUAAAAAGGGUGGAACAAGGAAGUUUACGGCGACGGGUAUGAGGAACCGGAAGGGUAAAGACAACACUUUUGUUGAGCGGAGCCUCCAUGAAAGCAGCGAAUCCAUUGACAUCGCGUCCACGAAUGGUAUUUUCAAUAAAAAUCUCUACUCGUUAACACAGCAGGUGAAGGAGUCACAGCAGGACAAGAGACAUUCAUUCACGAACUAUGAAUGCGUUAAUGAUGUCAUUGAUGAUAAAUGUGACACGCGACAUGUGCAGAUCGAUGUCCGAGAUCCGUUACCAUCGUCACUGCCUUGUGGCAACAAACAAGGAUCGUACAUGGCAUUGUUCGCGUCGAUGCAUAGGACACUUUGACCAUUUGAAGGAAUUAGUCUUCUGAAUUUAGUGCAAUGCAAGUAUAAUUGGUUC